AUGGCGCUGCAGGCCUCUCGCCUUCCCUGCGAGCUCUUCGAGUCUCUGGGGCACUUGGAACCCGAAGGCCCCCCGGGAGAGAGCUGGUACCUGGCUGCUUGCCAGCAGUACAGCGCGACCCCCAUCUCCCACUUCCUGCGCUGCAUGCCAGAUAACGCUUUGCCUCUUCUAGGAUACAGAGCCGAAGGAGCCAAGGCCUUUUCUACUAUGCUUCUAGAAAAUACUGCAAUUAUGUCCCUUCAGCUCUCAGGAAAUGAAUUUGAUGACCAUGCAGCUAAGUACUUAACAGAUGCCCUAGCAAACAGUAAAGUGGAAAUUCUGGAUCUGGGUUACAACAUGCUCAGUGACAAAGCAGGUGAAGUUCUUGGAAUGGCAAUAGCAGAACACAUUGGAUUAAAGGAACUUAAAAUCAGCUGGAACCGUUUCUGUAGCCAAGGGGCAGCUGCUUUAGCCAAAGGCUUGGGGGUAGGAAAUGAUUUUAAUCCUGCAAACACAUGCCUCAAAGUGCUGGAUGCCUCCUACGAGGGCUUUGACAACUGUAGAGCGACUGCCUUGGGGGAAGCCCUUAAAACCAACAAUGUACUGGAAGAGCUCAACGUAAGAUGUGUGUCAAUGAUUGCACUAGGCCUGCAAGAAAACAAGACUCUGAAAAACCUUAAUAUGACCAGAAAUUCCAUGCAGAGUGAAGGCUGCUUUGGAAACCUCAAAGCUCUACAGGCAAAUUCUGGCACCAGUGUAGAGAUCCUGGACUUGCCAUGGGCUCAGAAGUACAGGAGGCAUCAGGGCUGCAGGAAGAGCCCAUACUGCGGCCAGGAUGGGUAG